CAAACAGUUCGUUUCCCGUGUGUUUCCUGUUGGGUAAACUAUGUCGCGAGGAGGGGAUCGAAGUGAGAAAAGCUAUUCAAGAAGUUAUUAGCACUAAUCGUUACUUUGAAAGGGCUACCGGCAUAUUUUAGAUUGAUUUUCAAGAACGAUCGUGGUAGUAAAAUCACUGGUAAACGGAGACAGCGCUUAAAAAUCUAAAAUGCUUUCUACACGGGAUCGAUCGAAGGUAAGCUGUUGUUCAUUAGGUUUCAUGUUGUGAAAGCCGUGAAAGUUUUCAUUCCAAGAAGGAAUCGCAAUUUUUCAACAUUGCUACCCCGUAGAUUAAUGAAUGUGUCACUAUAUGCUUAUGCUUAAAUUCAUAUCGUUUGUUUUCUGUGUCUUUGCCGUAGACCUCACCAUCGCAUACCGCAUUCAAAAUGCCGAUGGCAUUCAACCCCGAUUUGGCUCACAAACCAUCCCCAUCAAGGAAGGAAUUGUGGAAAGAGGAACUGGGAUUAGAUGGUAUUUAUGCUUUCUGUAAUUUCGUGCUUACACUAAAACUGCAGAAAUGCGUUCGUAAAACUUUAGGCAUUUCAUUGAGUAUGUAGUGUUUUGACAACAAUACACCGAUGUGAUUGUUUUCUGUUGUUUUGAAAGAGACAUCUGCAUGCCUCGACUCGUGUCUUUGGAAUCCGUUGGAAUGCAAUACAUUAUCUUACUCUUAACGUUUUUAUUCCUUUUUCUAAGAUGAUUCUGGUCCUGAAGAGGAACAGUCGUCUUCAAGUGGCGACGAGCAGACAGAACCAGAAGCCGAUCAGGUUUCUAAUAAAGGUAAGUUUGCGAAAAAACUGAUGCUGAAGUUGACGAGUGAGCGUUUUCUUGAAAGUUAUUCAUGGAACACAGUUUCAGUGCAACCUGUUGCAUUUAUCAAAACUAUCAAUUAUCUAAGUGGGGUGUUAUUAUUCAAGUAGCUUAUUAGUCGUCUUCUGGGCAAAUAUCGUCAACAUUUCCCUCAGCGUACAAUAUUAAAAAUUAAUUUCUUUCAUGUGUGAAAGGAAUGUUGUUAUGCCUUAUGUCAUAAUGUCAUAAAUGCAUUUCUGCACUACAUGAUCGAACAAGUUUAUUAAACUGAACAAAUUUUCUCUUCAAGAAGGGUAGAAAGUAAAACCCAAGAUUCAAUACUAGAUGUCUUAAAAAGUGAAUAGAAAAAUAAAAAUCCCACCAAACAAUUACCUCUUAAGACUUUAUGACAUUACUGACCAGCAUUGUUCCCAAAGUGAAUGGUGCAUUCUUUUCGAAAACAAUAGGGCCGUUUAUACGAAAGACAAUAAGCCGCGGCUUACUAUAGCCAUGGCUUACAUAAGACGUGAACACCCUGUAUCAGGGACCGCGCAGCAAGUUUUCGAGUGGGGGGGCUAAAGAAGAAUGCGUGAAGGAAAAUUUUGGGGGGGGGGCAUGCUUGUGGAUUUCUAUUCAAUUUCUCUAAAGUGACGGAGAAUGCGAAUAACGAUAAAACUAUUGAUUUUUUUCCACAUCUUCAGUGAUGUUGCUAUCGGGUCUGAAAAUUCAUCAUCACUAAAUUGAAAGAUCAUAGAUUGCCGGAUGUUAUACUACUGAUAUCAACCUGUAAUUACUAUAAAUAAGCCAGAAAUCCAACUAUUUUGCUUAAGCUGCCUUGAACUCAAGGCUGUAUAAUUACUGAGCAAUUAUUACACGAGGCUGAGUAUGAUAUGAAGAGUUAUGCAGAUCGAGGGGUUAUCCGCCAAAGCCGAAGGCUUGAGCCCGUGGCUAACACCCUCCGAGAUCUGUAUAUCUUCAUAUAUCAUACGAAAGACGUUCAAUACUGAUUGUUUAAUUAUUCAUUCAAAAUAUUUACACGGCAAAACAAAACGGUAACUGGAAAUAAUUUAGUGAAUGAAAAUUCAAUUAUAGAACAGAUUCAGAAAAAAGUAGCAAAAAUUAUGCAGAGUUUACUCACCAGAUAAAGAAGGUUUUCCAUUUUGUUUGGAAAAGUAAUCAGAAAUUUUAAGAGAUCUCUUCUUUGCAUUACUAGUGGUAUGUGAAGUCUCGUCGUUCGUAUUUAUGUUGCCGUGUACCAUGUGCACUUCUUUGUUCGUAAUAACUGCCGGAUUGAAUGUUCCUUGAUGACCAGAGCUAUAGUAAUACACAAUUCUGCGGUUUAAGUAGUUUCGAUGACAAAAUGUUUUUAUAAACAGACCGCGUUCAACAAAACUUGCAAUUGGAAUGCUCAACGAGCCGUGAAGCCUGACAUCAAUAGACGGACUUCGCGCUGAUCGAGCUAAAAUCAGGACGCACAAUAACAAGAGAAACAAUAACUUCAUGAUCUUCCAAAAAUCAAGGUUGAAACUAAUAAACAAUUUGUUUGAGAAUCGCCUUAUAAACUAAACCCAGUUAUUACUUUGGAUUGAAAUUGACCAACUACGAAACAACGCGUUUUCCUGAGAGGUCUGCAGGAAAAAGAAGCCAUUUAAAAGACGUUUACCUCUGCUAGGUUAGAAGCGAAAAAAUAUUUUACAAUUGUAACGACUUAUGCUUCAUUCUGUCUAUUUAUCUGCGCGUUUGUCUUUGCCAGUAACUCUGGUCACUUUCGAAUUAACGAUUUUUUGCUAUUUUUUUUAAUUUAAAUGGUACAAAAUCUAUGUUCACGGCUUAUUCAACCCCAGGCCAGCUCAAGCCGCGGCUUAUACUGGCCGAGGGGUUUUGAGAUGGGCUUAUCCAAGCCGUGACUUACCUUGGACGUGAAAGUGUUUGUAUAAAUGCACUCAAACGUUGUCCGUGGCUUGCUGAAGCCUCCUCACCAUCCAAUAAAUUAUUGUUUAGGGAAAACCAAUGUACAAAAAACUUACUUUAUAGAUGCCAACCUCUGGAAAACUCUGAAAUUUCUUGAGAGUUUCUCUUUUCAGGGGUAUGCAGCCACUGUUUAUGAAAAAUAUCUGUUCAGAGAAUCAAAUUAUUGCCUAGAAUGUUCUAUUACUAUGGAUGGCUACAAAUUUCUAGAUGACCUUUCCAUUCAUGCACAAUUUUCAAAGCUCAUCUAAUAAAUUCCUUAUGAUUUUCUGAAGUUUAAUUUUACCAUUUCACUCCCCAGGUUAGGCUAUUUUUCAUAGAAAAAGGAAACCUAAAAUUUUCGGAUUAAAAAAUGUGAUGGAGAGAGGGAUCAGAAAAAUUCUCACUUUCGUAAUAUGUUAAAUUGCAUCUAAAAAUUUGCCGGAAAUAAUGCUGAAGCCCUUGUACUUUCGAAAAGACUCAAGUUUCCUUAGGAGGACGAAAAUUUUAUAAUGCUGCUUAGAAUGUAUAUCUAGAGAUGUAAAUAGUACUCUGGAUAGCGUAAAAAGUGUUUUCAAUAUAUGUAGGAGGAAACCCUCAUUGGGUCCCCGUCUUUUGCACUGCCCACACCUAAUGAAAUGAAAUUCCAAGUAGUCUCAAGAUCAUUUUAGACAUGGUUAAAUGUUGAUCUCAAAAGCAAUUUUAAAAAAAAUUGGUUGUGGCUCCAGUUAUUCAAAACCUGGAUAGCACUUUCCAGUGGAUAUGUUGUGGUGCAAUUUUAUCCUUGGAUGGUUUAAUUUUUUUUUUUGUUUGUUUCAAACUCAUUAUCAUACUUACCAUACCCCGAAACAAAAGAAAAUAAAAUUUAAAUCAAGGAUAAAAUUGAACCACAACAGAUACACUAUCCACUUUUUAAAGAAUUGGGCCUUGGGGGAGGGGGGUAUCCCCUUAUAUAGGCCAUAUAGGUAUGUGCUGCCCCAAAGGGUAGGGUUUUUGCGCCGUUUGGUCUGAAAACGAGUAUAGUCUUUGCCCAUUUUGGUCUGGAGUCAGGUAUGGUUGUUGAGGGAACUACGGGGGUGUGUGAACAUAUUUAUUGUUUCAAUUCCAAAUGAGUAAGAAAGAAACAGAAAUACGUGAAUUCAAAAUGGUUAAAAGAAAUCUUUCUUGAUGCAGUUCUAAUCUAAGUAAUGAUGGCAUAAUUUCUUAGAGGCCAGGUGUUGAAAUGGGUGUGAAAAAUGACAGGUUUUGGUCUGAAAUAGGGUCAGGAUUUGGAGAACGGGAGGGCAUAGCCCCACCAAGAAGAAUUCCCAGGAGUACCCCCUUCCCCCUCUAGGCCUAAGGCCAAUAUUCCAGCUGAGGUUUUUUGUUUGUGUUAUUCAAUGAUUACCUUUCACACCAAUCUUAUCCCUUGUGUCUUAAGUUGGGACUACUCCCGACUGCUAAUAAGCAAUUGACUGGUACAUUUUCAUAAAUAAACUCUCUGUGUUGGUGUUGUUAGGGACAUCCGUUGAGUUUCAAGCUUUGCUGGCUGAGAUUAAGCAGAAAGAUCAACAGCGUGAGGAACUGCUAAUGAAGCUAAAGGUCUGUUAACAUGUAACAGUGACUGUGACAGCAGGGUGCAAAGAAAGUCAGUUUUACAGCCUGCCAUUCGGGCAAGUGUAGCUAGCAUGUACUAGCCCACAAGUUAUUUCAACUAGCCCCAAAACCCUUUUUGAUUAGCAGGAUUGAUUACAAUCCUUCAGUAAUUUGAAUUUCCCCUCAAAGCAGCACUUGCCUGUCGGGCAAAUUAAGAACAGUAUUCACUAGCCCGAAAGCAAAAUCCACUAGCCCCGGGCUAUUGGACACGACUUUCUUUGCACGCUGCUGUGGGGCGAUGGAGAGCAAGCUUCACCAUCUAAUCAACCCACUUUUCAUUUCUGAUACUUAUUCAUUCUUUAUUCCCAAUCAAGUUUGGUAUGGAAUGUGCAGGGUACAUUAAUAUUUAUAUUGAUCUACCUUGUAGGUCAAGACUCAUUUUGCCAAAAUAUAAAGUGUUUAUUCUCUGAGCAAACCAUCCUGGGCCCCCUACCCUUAAGCAAAGGAAGCAAAGAUUGCAUUUUAUGGAUUACAACUUUUAAUUCUAAUAAAAUUUUGCCUAAGAACAGAUUUAUAUUCUCAUGCACUGUUAUCAAUAUUCCAACCAAAUGAAGAUUAUUAGCUCUUUAAUAGGGUAACGUUCUAUUUCAGUGGUUGGCACAUCAAAACGUUUUUUACAAACACGAACUAUUGCAGUAUGUGUCCUAAUAUUUUUAACAGCUGAUGGCCAGAAAUUAAUUUUUGAAUCAUUGCACAAAUAAGGAUGAGGACAUGAUAUGAUGUCAGUGAUAAGUGUUGAUGAAGUCUACCGUCUUGAAUCUGACAAUGUAUGUUUCAGAAGAAAAAAAACAUUUAAUACACAAGUCCUUCUGAAAAUUGAAUUUCCCGGUUGGGGUGCCAGGAAAAGAAAAGCCAGAAACGAUUUCUGAUGAACCAUAAGACUUCAGUCUUAGAUUCUUCUUGGAACAAAGGAAGAAAAUGACAUGUGGUCAUGAGUCGCUUAGAGCUUUUUUCAUGCAGCCCUUCAGUGAUGAUAGUGGAUUUACAAGGGAGCUUCACCUCAUUCUAUGAAUACAUCAAGGCACAUACUUUUCCACUUACAAUAACUGUGCAAAUUUAUUUUUCUUCAGGCAAUGACAGACAAAACUGCCAGCUACAAGUCUAAGCUUCAAAAGGCAGAAAGCAACAAAAAAUCUCAGAUAAAGAUCUUGAAAAAGACCCACGAAUCACAACUGGUGAUGAAGGCUGAACUUAUACAUAACUUAGAGGAACUAAUUGAAGAACAAGAAAGUAAAAUUGAAGAACUCGAAGGACACAUCAAAGGCACAAUUCCUUCACAGUCCCUGAAUGUCACAAAUGCAAAGCUCUCAAGCAUCAGGAAACUAGUUGACUCAAUAAAUGACUUGCAUAGCGAGAAGAGUAGGAUACAUGAAACCUGGCUGUCUACCCAGUCAGAGCUAGAAACAGUCAAACAGGAGCACAAGGAGACACUCGAUAAUCUAUCUGAUAAUAUUUCGGACCUCGAAACCAAACUACGCAAGGCACAGGCAGAAAAUAUCAAGUUGCAGAGCUCUGGAUCAAGUAAUGUAAGUUUUCACUCUUCAUUUUUGAAAAGGUUUCUAUUGAUAACUACUCGGAGAGUAGCCCGCGUAGCAAACGUUUCCGCAAUGUUUCGGAGCAAAGAUAGACCAAGGAACGACAAGGGACAGGAUUCGCCUGUGAAAAAUCAAGCUAGAGCCAAAAAAUGAAAGAUGGGGAGGGGACCCCCUCUCCGCUUUUUACCUCGCUCCAUUUUUUGCGCAGUCUUUGACGCUCAUAUUUCCUCGUUCAGUGCACUGAACCUGCAAGGAAAUACUUUCUAUGCAGGCUACUUAGAGGGUUUUAACUAGUUUAGAGAAAUGCCUCAUAUAUAUUCAGUUUUUUGUGUACUGAGGUUAUCUAAAGUGUAAGUAUUAGACACUUUCAACAAAAGUUUGAGUUAUCGGGAGUUCGAGCUAUCAGGAGUUCAAAGGAAAUAACGGGAAAUAAGGAAAUAGGAUGGGGAAGUAGUUAUGCGUUCUUCCCUUCAAAGGGUAGCAAGAAAUAUAUUGAUAUUUUAGAAAGAAGAAAUUAAGCAGCAAACCUUGAUCAAUAUACAGGGCUUGACAAAAAAAAGACUACACGUUUGCAGGGGUUUCAAUAAGUUUUUGCAUAAGUGGGUACUUAAGAGUAACAGGCGGGUAUAUUUGCCGAAGGCCCCAAGGGCCUUCGACCAUAGGGGGGUCCGGGAGCAUGCUCCGCGGAAAAUUUUGAAGUUCUAGACUCUCGCAGAUGCAUUUUCAGGUCUUUUUUUGUUGCUUUGUUUUUACAUUUUUUUGCUCCUAAGUCAACUAAUUUAAACAAAUUUGAAGAGAAUUAUGUUACAAUGAAGUAGUCAUAGUCAAAACCUAUUUUGCCAAAUUUUUGGGCAAGAAUUCGAAGCUGAGAUGAAAUUAUCUGGUCUUAGUUGACGUUCAUGUGAAGGCUCCAAGCGGGUAAUCAGCCCAUUGCAAGCGGGUAGAUCUACCCGCUACCCGGCUACUAUUGAAACCCCUGCGUUUGUUUUGAAAUAAAUUCAAUGUAUCGGACUGCAGUACACUAUUUUUUCACGCUCUUAAAACAUGUUUAUCGAGGAUAAAAAUAACUAUAUAAAAGUGAUCUGAAGGGAAACAAAAAUUACUUCGAGUUAGCGGGAGGUUCGAGUUAUCGAGGGUUCGAAUUACUGAGCGUAAAAUUACGGUAAAUGUAAGAAGGAAAUCGAGGGGGGAUCGAUUUUAGUUCGAGUUAGCGAGGGUUUAAGUUAUUGGGGGUCGACUGUGUUGUACUGAAAGUUAGUGAAUGGCUUCAUGUAUUAACAAGCUUAUUUCUGCCUGUAGGUCAACACAAAAGAAACGGACAAACAACUUUCCACCUUACAAGAAGAAAACAUCAACCUUAAAAAUAAGAUACAGAGUCUAGAGCAUGAACUACAGAGUGCAAACAAACUUCACCUAACUACAAAAAAUAAGCUGGAAGAUGAACUGCUUAGUCUCAGGAAGAAAUUGCGGGAUACUGAAGCAAAAUACAGUAGUUUGGCUUCCACGCCUCCAAAGGUUUGUACCAUUUUAUUCAUCAAAAAAGCUAAAAUAAUAACUUGUUUUCCCAAAAUCAUAAUGAGUGCCCAACUUUAAAAGUAGGCAAUGAAUACCAGCUGUCUGUCAUUGCUCCCAGUCACUGAGGAGUGAAGGGCAUACUCAGAUAAAGAUUUAAGAGAAAUUGAAAACUGUGCUUAUGCAAAAUUUUGAGGCUUAAACAAGGUGUAAGCCAUGGACAACGUGAAAAAGGCUACUUUUCUCUUUUGAAUAGGACUAGAAUCCAGUAUUUUACAAUACUUUCAUGAACAAUUAUAUUGAAAUUCAAUUUGCGAUUUUUUUCCACUGGAAAUUUUACUCUAGACACUCAACGAUUAUUUUGCGGAAUGCGUGAUAGAAUCAAGUGCGACUUUCUAAACGUUGCAAGAAAUCUUCAUUUCAGGGGUUGUGAAGCCGGUUUAUGCGAUACGAUUUGUGGGCAGACACGAUUUAACAGGGCGACCUUUUUCAUCAAAAGCGAAGGCCAAAUUAAAAAUCGGGCAAACAAAUGUAGAGCGUACAGUAAACUGGGCAUUACGCUUAACAACAUGCCCUACCAUUUCGGCCCGCAACGGUGCAACAAAUUUGCGAGACGAAAUGCACAAAAAUUUGCCUUUAUUGUAGCAGGGUUUCAAAAGGGUUCAAGCUGGCCGCUACCCUUGUCUUUUAACACAUAAUUUAGAGACAUUUUUGUUUUUUUCUUUCAGACAAGAACUAUUUCUGUUGUUUCGGAAGAAACAAAGAAACAACUUGAACAAAUGCUAGACCAGAACAAGGAACUUGAGGCAAUUUUGGCGAAAACGCGGUCGGACUACGACGCUAAGGUAGGAAUUUGUUACUGAUGUAAACACUUCUAUCAGCGGAAUUCGUUGAAAAUUAGGCUUAGGCUAAACGUCGAACUAUUCAUGAGACGAACCAAACUUGGUGAGUUAAGUUCAUCAAAACCUCGACGUCUGGCUCAAUAAAGUUCGUCUGCCGGAAUGAGUUUGGGUCAUCCAAUACGUUAUAUUUGUCUGCUUCAGACCGAUAGAGCGUCUGAAGAUCGUCUCCGGGACAAACGACGAGCUAAACUAAUAAAUUAAAAAUUUGUAUGAUAAUAUAUAUUAAGCCUCGUUCGGGAGAAAAUUUAUGACUGGUCUGAUUCGUUUCAACGCGUCCUACAUUCGACGUCUGACCCAACAGACGGUCUUAACUUAAUUGUAAUAGGUCGACCCAAAGUAGAGUUUGGUUCGUCUCAUGAAAAGCUCGACGUUUGGCGUGGGCCUAAAUUGUUUUGUGAUGCAUUUGUUAUGUGUACUGACAUUAUUUUUUUAAUUGAAAUUUUAAAUGUUGAUUUUAUUGGUGUUGUCACUAAGCGUUUAUGACUUAAAGUCCAAAACAAAAUUCAUGGUAUGCGUCAUAGUGUGUACGCAAAAAUUGACCCUCCCCCGCGCCACCCUCUUUCGUAACUUUUCCUUUCGCGAGACACCGACCUCAAGAACCUUUCAUACUAGCAGUAAAAUGAAAUAGGAAAAAGAAAUUAAUAACUUUUCUUCGGUAAAACUAACUACGAGUGAGUAACUAUGUUUGAAAUUAAAGUUAUUAUACCGUUAUUAUUGUCGAUACUCUAACAAAGUACAAGGAAAUGGGGUCUAAAUUCGAACUUGAGCCAUCUGGGCAUCACUCGGGCCGUGUUCAAAAGAUGCGUAAAUGUCUGCACGCAGGCAAUUAUUAAAGCUAUUCUACUUGCUUUUGCGACGCUCUUACUAGAGAGCUUUAGAUUCGAGGACGACUUUGAAUUUUAACGUUUCUCGUCAAUUCUCUAAAAUCAUAGACACCCCGGAAAGCUUCAUUUUACUUUUUUUUCACCACCAAAGUUAGCGCGCUUAUUCCCGUUGAAGCAGGUUAAGCCCUCUCCCGACCGCUAAGUGAUAAAAUUUCUAACAUUUGAUUGUUUUCGCCACUACGACAUUCUCGCUAAAACUGGUAGUAGACUGACGACGGCUACCACAUUUUCCCGCCAAAAUGACGUUGGUUCGCGCGCGUGCACUACUUAGUAUUGAGAAAAUCUCGUACUGUUGCUAAAUCAGCCUAUUAUUGAGAAAAUCUCGUCCUCGUCUUAGAAUCUAAACAGCUUUCUAAAGGUCUUUACUAUCUGAGAGCCCAGUACAGGCUAUGAAAAACAGGCACCUGGUUGUCAGCGUCUGUUAUUAAGUAGGAACCGGUUCAGAAAUUGCACUAACCAAAACUGGCGUUUUUUUUGUUUCAGGUUUCCGCUCUACAAGCAGACAUCAAGUCUCUGAAGACCAAUGUAACGGAGACUACAAGAAAUGAGCAGAAGGCUUUGGCGGAAUGUAAUGCGCUUCGAGAAGCCGUUAAGAACAAGAGCUCUCUUGAAAGUUCACUCCAUAAAAAGGAAAAAGAAAUCAAACAACUAGAACUAGAGGUAUGAGCCUUGGGAUUUCUGUUGAAUAAAUGCACCGCUGCACAGGGUGUUAUUUUCGAGCAGUUUGGGAUAGGAUCCUAGAAUAUGUUUUGAUUUACACGGAAACGUAUCGAAGAUUGGAGUCUAGAAUAGGACUCGAGUGGUUGGUGUGCAGUGGAGAAUGAGGUCUAGAAUUUUGAGGUCCGAAUUUCGGACCACGGUUAGGUGAACUAUUGGAACACAUAACCACUAAAAGAGUUUUUUAAAAAUGGAAAAAACGAAGUUCGUUUCUGCAUCGCCUGGAAAGAAGCACCUGAGUAUUUUCUCCUUUUGUGACAGAAAUAUCGCUUAGUCUUCUACGCAGCCGUAUUUGUCUCGUCAGGUCACGUUCCUCCUUAAGAUGACAGGAGACAGAAAACGGCUGCGUGAUCUUGAGAAGAGUAGUAAUUGCGGAUUAUUGUGGAUCAUUACACGUUUAUGGGAAACUGCCCACCUACUCUCCCUAAAGUCAAUUUUAACACUUACUUCUCAAUUAGGACAAAAUGUUGGUUUAGGCGAAGGGAAGGUGGGCAGUUUCCCACAAACUUAAAGUAAGGGGUAAGUGGUAAUGUUGACUUUGGGGAGGGGUAGUUGGGCAGUUUCCCAGAAACGUAUUGCCUUGUCAACGUGUUUAUCCAAUAGAUCGCACAAUAUGUGGCGUGUUUUAUCCCAUAACACCUUACACUGUGGCACAUUGACAAAAAGAUCGCACAAAAAAAUUGAUCUCUAGGUUAAAACAAUUUUUGUAUCCCGUUAUUUAAUAAAUGUAUUUUUUUUCUUCCCCUUCGCACAGAUCAGAAAUUAUAAGGCGGACAUCGAGCAGCUUGGUCAUGAAUUUGAUCAACAAGCUAAAGAAUUUGAAGAAGAAAAACGUAAACUGUUGAAGGAGGAGCGAGCCAAAGCUGAUAAAGAGACGAGCAUAAUGCGCUCCAAAUUAAAAACCCUCUCACUACAGCUUUUCCAAAUGAAAACAUUCAUGGAGAAAUUGAAAAGGGAACAGCAAGAUCUGAGAAUAAGCUGUCUGAAACUGGGUACCAGUGUAAAACCAGCCGUGCGCGAGGUAGCCAAACAGGUGAGUAUGGUCGUGAAGCUUUCUAUAAGCGAUGAAGGGAUUGUCAGCUGUUCAUAGUCUGCAAGCCGGGGGUCAAUUAAAUAAAACUUUUGCACGUGUAAUUUACAAUUGUAGCCAUUGUUUUAGAGUCUGAGAACAGUAGCUACACUUGUAAAUUACACGUGUAAAUUACACGUGCUUGCAGUCCGCCUUUCUCUUAAAAUCCGUCUAGUUCUUAUCUCAUCCAGCGCUAUUGCAAACCACGACGUUAUUAUUACAAUAAGGGAUUGAGACCAGACGAGAAAAGGCGAUUUUUUCUUCUCGGGCUUACGCCCUCGUUUCUUGCGGCUCGCGGCUUUGUCGCUCGCGUGCUUAGGUUUCGCGUGCAGUAACUUUGCAAAGAAAAAUAAGAGACUGCUCGCAGUCUACAGCUCUCCCUUUGGGGGAGUCGCGAUUAGUCAUGCGUGAGCGGCACGCGAAAAGAGACGGCGUUGUCUGUCGUCUCGCGGCUCGCUUCGUUCACCAGAAAUGGUUUUGUGGGCAAAACUUGACGUCUAAUUCACGACUACGACGUGAAACUAUCACUUCCUAAUGCGACGUUUGAUGAAGGAUGUGAACAUGAGAGGACGAAUUUUCCUUUCUCUUUUUGAGCCUGGAGAAAGUCUUUAAAAAAUCGCCUGCAAGGUCAGGCGCAAAAACUGAUUAGGGGAGGGGUCUUUAAGUUCUAGUAAAAAAAAAAAAAAGAAAGGUAAAUAAGAUACUGAGAAGCAUUCAACGUUUGACGACUUUAACGUCUUCUAGUGAGUGAGUCGAACAGACGUUAGACGCUUCUCGCUUCUCGUAUUUAAACGGGACCGGCCGCCACAAACUGAGACACAUUUAUGCCCAAAUCGUCCAGUAAAACCUAGUAAAGAUCGGAGAAAUUCAGUGUGUGGUCUUUUUUCUGAAGCCUAUGUUGUUUUUUCAACGUUGCCGUCUACUUUCCUGUGUCCCGCGGCCAUUAAAAGUCAAUGUAAUAUGUCCGGCGACAAUAUCUAUGGUUUGUCCGUCUAAAAUGAUAACCUGAUAAGAUAAAUGUCCUUUCUAAAACGACAAAUUUGUUGAGGUCUGGGAAUCAACUAUUCUUUAUAUGACAAUUUGCUCUGCAUUUUAUACACAGAUAGUUCAAAGGAUCGAAGGUAUCGACGACAAAAAUAAAGAGCUUGUCACCAAGUACAAAAAAGAAAUGGCUCUCAGAAAGAAACUACACAAUGAAUUAGUUGAGCUUAAAGGCAACAUAAGGGUAUACUGCCGGGUGCGGCCAGUCAUCAAGGAGGACGGUGGAGGAAGAAAUGCAGAGAACGUUAUAACUUUCGACGACGAAGACGAUGCCCUUUUGAAUGUGUUUUCAAAAGGUGCGAUAAAGCAGUUUGAAAUGGACAAGGUGUUUAAGCCACAGUCCACCCAGGAACAGGUAACAAAGUUUGUUUAAUUUGGAAGCAGCUAUUAGAGAGUUUGAGCAGACGUUGUUGAGCGAUGCAUGGCAAUAGGAAGUGGGGUUUUUGCAUUCUUGGGCAGUGUUCAGUCAAAUUAUCUCAUAAGAGAAGAACACUUAGUUAUUCAAAUUUGGUAGCGCUCAAGACAAGGCUUGUUAAAAGGGAAAAUACCUCCCCUCCGAAUGACUUUCGUCGCUCAUAAACGUCUUUGCUUAAGUUCCCAAUUAUAAUCUGGAAUGUGGGGAGUAAUGCAAUUUGACUCUUAGCCUAGAUACCUUAAUAGUGAACGCCUACGGAGAAAGAGCUGCACUUUAAACCAAUAUUUCCUUUUCUUGCAAAAAUAAAGUUCCACGAAGGAAGGGGGAUAACUUGUCCUUUAUCAAAAGUCAGGACUAGCGUUCCCUCCUCCACCCACUAACUUGAGGUCCCUACAGUGUCCUCAAUAAAGGGAGGUGACUGUACAAGGAUUUUUACCAGGCGAAUCAAGCAAAUAAUGUCAACUUAGUUUCAAAGUUGUACUGCCGUUGAAGCGUCCAUUACUUAUUUGUCUUUUGGUAGGUUUUUGAGGAGGUUAAAUCCCUUGUCGUCUCUUGCAUCGAUGGUUAUAACGUGUGUAUAUUUGCUUAUGGACAGACCGGAAGCGGAAAAACGUUCACAAUGGAGGUAAGUCUGAGUCGAUAGCGUGAACAAGGUUGUGAGGAAAAUUCCUCGUUUUGUAUUUGCUUUGUUUUGAUACGUUUUUUUCAUGUUCUGAGCAGUUAUUUUUAUGUCUCACCUUAAUUAGUGGCGGCUCCUGCUCUUCAAAUUUUGAUAUAUUUCGUGAUACAACUCCCUUAACUCGUCUUUUAUUUUGCAGGGGCCUUCGUCGAAUCCGGGAAUUAACCAGCGUGCAUUAAAGCUCCUGUUUGAAGAAACUCGUGACAGAGGCGUUGAUUGGAGCUUUAGUAUCAACGUCUCUGUCAUUGAGAUAUACAAUGAGAUGAUCCGUGACCUACUUGGCCACGAUCCUUCCAUUAAACUGGAAGUAAAACAAGGUCGGGACGGUCUUUUUGUUCCAGGUCUUACAGAAAUUCAAGUCGGCGAUGUUGAUGAACUGAAUGAGGUGAGAAACAAGAAUUUUAUUAUGUUUAAAAGUGUUAAGUGUACUCUUUGCCGUUACUGAACAAGACCAAUUUUUCCGAAUUUUCGAGCUUGAAGAAAUAGUCUUUAUACCUCCUGCAGUUCCUUCAUUUUAGGCUAAAAGCGUAGAUACCUCAUUGCUCUCCAAAACACCGUGUAUGAAAACUUAGAUUGCAGCCUCAGAAAAUCAGGAAAGGCUGGGCUAUUCAAAAAAGGCGUUUGCAUUCAAUUUUGCCGCUUCGGUGAUUAUAAAUAAUUGAUGAUGUCCAGGAAUUGUGCGCGAUGUGAAACACGGUAUACGGACAGAUUUUACUCAAACUCCACAUUUUAACUACCCCCAUUACCCUGUGCAGAGAGAAAUUCUCAGUUGCCCCCUUUUAGUGACCACAUUUUUUCACAAACAUGAAAUUUACCCCUUAAUACACAUUACUGCAGGAAACUGCUCAGUAACUUUCAUCUGAUUGGACGUCUCUUUCGGAUAUUGCCCACUGCUGUCCUUCGUUUACACAAUAUCCAUAAUCUAGGAUUUCUAUUUACAGAAUCGCAAGAGAAUUUCUUGGUGUUGAUUAUACGAUCGAUUGGUUGAUUGAUUGAUUGAUUGAUUGAUUGACUGACUGACUGAUUGAUCGAUUGAUUGAUUGAUUGACAGGUAUUCGCCAUGGGAAAGACCAACAGAGCCACGGCCAUCACCGACAUGAACGAGCACUCAUCCCGCUCGCAUGCGCUAUUAUGUGUGACAGUUAUCGGCGUGAAUAGGACAACUGGACAUAGAACAACAGGUAAUAACCAGUUUGACUACUUAAAGUCUCCCUUUGCCACAUAUUCUGUGAUUUGUGUGGUCUUGUUAUUAGCCUAACUGUGUGCAACAACUGGACAGACCGGCGAAAACCAAGACGAAUGCAGAUAUGUUCGCGGAAAAACGCUUUGCUUCAACCUUACCAGCUUUAGACUUCGUUACAUGUGACAUAAAAGCAGAGUGAAAAAAAACUUCUCAAGAAGAAAAUUUUCAAGUGACAUAUCUGUGGUUUCUCUUGUAAUCUGAUGCACUUUAUUGUACCAGAUUUUUUGUUGGGCCUUUCCUUCCUUCCUUCCUUUCAUUCAUGCUCUCCUUCCUCUCACUCAUCUAAAACACCUCCAGAGAUAUUAUUCCUCUGUUGAAGGAAGAAAAUCGACGAGACUAAAUAUUAAAGAUCUUAGCUGUUUCCUUCGUUGAGAUCUUCAUGCUUCGUAAACGAUGCCAUCAAACCUCCCCCGCUGAUAACACCUGAGAUCACCUAAAAGUGAUCAGCAUCAAAUUUCUCCUUGUAAUGUCAAUGCUUUGUAAAACAGAGUGGUCAUGAGAAUUACGGACAUGAUCACAGAAGAUGAAUAUGCUUGAUAUUUUAUCAACUUCUCCCCACUGCUUCUGUAUGGAAAUGAAUAGGGGCAACAUAUGAGAAUUCAAAUUUUGAUCUUAGGGCUUAAAGGUUUGAGACUUGUCGCUUUUGACGAAAAUGGACGAUUAAAACAUAAUGUCAAUCUUGUUUUUUUUCUCUAGGGAAGUUAAAUCUCGUAGAUUUAGCAGGCAGCGAGCGAGUGUCCAAGAGUGGAUCUGAAGGUGCCCGAAUGAAAGAGGCUCAAAACAUAAACAAGUCUCUUUCCUCUUUGGGCGACGUAAUUCACUCUUUGAAAAACAAGAACUCUCACGUGCCGUAUAGGAACUCCAAGCUUACCUACCUGCUUCAGGAAUCCUUAGGUGAGUCAGUUAAAUGUGCUAAUAAAAUAUGCGAGAAAACUAAAAGUAGAACUAGGAUGUAUAAGUUAAUUAGCUAGCAAUAUAGAGGAUCCGGAAUAAGGAAUGGGGACCUUACGAUCCGACAACGGCGACGUCCAUUAAGAUGUCGCUGAAAAAUACACUUCUCAUCCUUUCACACUAUUUUGCGAUUAUCUCAAGACACGCUGUUACUUAAAAGAAGGGAAUUUAGGUUGAAGCUGAAGAGAGGGGAUCGCGCCCAAGUUCAGACAGAGAUGGUAGAAUUUAUCUCCUUGCAGUUCCCGUUCUCAAGUGGUCAUUCACGUCCCAGUUGUGCAGAGACGGCAAAGAAAUUUACAAAAAAGCGUUAUGCACGUGCAGAGUUGUUUUGCUCAUUAAACCUGUUGCUUUUUUGACGUUCUCGUUGCCGUUGCCGUCGCCGUCGUAGUUUCGUAAGGUCCCUAAUAUGGCCAGCGCGAAGCGCGAAAAUGAGUGAUAAACAGAACAUGGAAGAUCUUUAGAGAGGCUACCAAGUCAUCGAAAAUGCUCUGAGCUAUCUCCCUCAUAAGCUUAACUGACUUAACUCAAUGACUCAAGAGUCUUUUCUAAUUUAACUACUUAUGGCAGGAGGUGAUUCUAAGACUCUUAUGGUGGUGCAAGUGGCUCCAGUGGAAAAGAACGUGAGCGAAACUAUGUGCAGUCUGAACUUCGCACAGAGAGUACGAACAGUUGAACUCGGACAAGCCACCAGAAAAACCGAGACUGCAGAAAUGGCGAGCAUGAAGGACAGGUUGCGUGAAUUAGAGGUAUGAAAAUAAAAGCUUCGUCUUGUUGUCUAAGAAGAAUAAAGACACCAACCUUACAAACACGUUUGCCUCGCGACAAAAAUCGCACCGUGUAACCGAAAAUGGCAAGUGCGCGAGCGAGGUAGCGUUUAGACCCUACCUUUUUGGUAGAAUAUCGCAAAGAUUAUUGAGUCUUGAUAGAAUUCAUUUGCGCUCGUCGUUGCGACAAUUUCUUUCCUCUUUUGUUAACCUCUAUAGCUCGCGGGUAGAGUGUGUGGGGGUGCUUCGAAGGGCAACUACCUUUCUCGUAGCAAGAGGCGAAGCCUCCAGCUUCCCGCUAGCUACGCAGGCCAUUGUUUAUUUGUGUAGAGCGUUUACGCCUGACCGCCAUACUACCGAAACAGGAAGACCGCGAAUGCAACCAAACGCGUGACAUUUGAUUUUGGCGCCAGACGCUAACGACUUAGGUCACGUGGCUUUGUUUGUCAAACCAAAAAAGUGAACUUACGUGGUCACAUUCUUUUCUCAGUGCUGGCGUCGUUGUUUGCGCAUCAGAGUGGUCAGAGUUUAUAUAUAGCGCUAGAAGGCUGCAACCGUAAGAACUUUCAUAGAUUGACUUUCUGCGAACGAAAAUUUCGUCUUUUUGGUUGACAGAGAACACUAUUUUUCGACUUGGCCUAUGUUUGGCCUACUAAACGCUCGGGAAUAUGAGCACGCGAGUUCACCUUUUUGAUUUGACAAACAAAGCCACGUGACCUAAGUCACGUCAAUUGUCACGCUUAUCUCGGAAUUGGCGGUCUACCUGUUUCGGUAAUAUUGGUGUCCCAAAACAACGCAACGGCGCCCAUGAUGGUGUUCCAAACCAGUCCUGUGGAAGCUGACGUUUUAUCGAGUACACACUUUCUUGUUGCAUGUGAGUGAAAACGCUCUAUAAAUGUAUUAAUAUAUUGAUUUCGUUUUUGCAGGGAGGAGCCGGGUCGCCAUCUGCAUCGCCAGCUAAGGGAGGAAUACGAUCAGCUAGAAAAAGAUAGUAGACUACAGAAUGUAUGAUAAAUUGCAUUAUAGCCUUCGAGCAAGCUCUCCAAUUGUGGCAAGUGAAGCGCAACAAGCCGCGAGAUAAAGCGCGAGUGCCCCUCGCACUCACGUCUUCUUUCGCGUGUGGCUCUUGCGUGACUUCUCGCAACUCCCCCAAAUGGAGAGCUUGCUCGCAGCCAACUGCAUCAUUAUAAUCAUUACUUAGGAACGUAAUUUGUACAUAGUUAAUGUUCUAUUUUUAAAAGUAGUGUAAAGUUCCUUCUUUGGUGGAGCAGAGGCCGAGUGAAGUUUUUUAAACCAUAGUUAGCCCGCGAGCAAGCCCCUCUUCCUCCCCUCCCCGGUACCCUUGGGAGAGCUUGCUCGCAGGAUUGACCAUAGUUGAACUGAUUGAACUUAGAUUCAUGCAUAGUUGAACUUCGUUGAACCGUCAACUCGAUAAAAAGUGAUGUUCGUUUGGCUCACUUACAGCAUCCACAACCCACAAUCGUGGACAAAACUUCUUGGAACAGAGAUUCAAUGCCCGUAAUCGUCUGUUAUUUCAGCGUUCCUUCAGAAAGCAGUGCCAGAUCUGUUACAAUUUCCCCUUCCCCACCGAAUGUAUUGCUCAAACUCAGAAAAAAGUGUGAUUGUAAGUGUGUAACGCAGUAUGCUAAGGUUGGGCAUGUGUAGUUUCAUUUGUGCUCAAGUGUUUUACGUGCUUAAAAAUGCGCAAUAAGUGCAUAUAGUUUGUCCGUCCAAGUCGUUUGUCCAUGAGUGUAGAUAUGUAGUUUUCUUGCUCAAAAGGAGACUAUAAAAUCCUAUUCGUUUCAUGAAUGUAACCUAAAGCUUUUUUCGCCCGUUUUUGCCAUCAAAUUUUUUUUUGAUAUUAACUUUUUGGAUUGAAAACGGCAGCCGACUUUUCAUAGUAAAAUUUCAAGUGUAGAUGAAUUAACGCACAAAGCGGGCUAAAUGAAGAAUGAAGAAUUAUUGAGGCGUCUUUUUAUCAGCAGCGUAUGUAAAUAAGUGAUUACAAAUAUUUUUAGUAUUUAACGAAAUAUUUUGUAAAACGAGAAAGCAACUGCAUCUAAUUUGUAUUUAUCGCUAUUAUACAGUUUUAGUAUCUCAUAGAACUUAGGUAGUUUUUAUAAGUAUUGUUAAGAAAUUUUGCACGGUUUUACAUGAUUCCUAGAAUUUGUGCGUCGUGAUUUCACGUCACUUAUUUAUAACAGUUUUAUUCUCCUGUAAACGAAUGAACCGACCGAAUUUUUAUGACAAUUGUAAAUAGAUGCCUUACCCUAGCAAUCAGUUAGGAAUUUUUCUUUUUUUGAAAAAAAAAGUUGCACCAAAAUAGGUUUAACGAUCAAGUCAUUCUUAGGCUUGCUGAGGAAAUAAAGGUCAGAGUUUGUUUUCCGAUGAGGUUUUCU